UGUGUGUCACUGUGAUCUGAUCUAUAGUUCCAUCUUCCACUCAGAAACCUCACGUGAACUUGAAUCCCCUCAGGUUUUCUAAGAAGCACUGUUGUCAUUGGACGGUUAGCCCAGUCAGAAAUCAGCCCCUAAUCCAACGUCUCUAGAUUACAUAGACUUUAUGUAGACCAGGGAUAGGUCAUUUUGAUGGGGGUGGGGGUGGGGGGCCACAGAAAACCAGAACUCCUCAUGAGGGGCAGCAGUGGCUUGUGGGUCUGCGUAGCCACGAACAUGCUCCCCUCUUCAGACACACAGGAAAGAUGAGGAAUGAGACGAUGGCCUUCAAGAGUUAAUAUUACUCACUGUACCCCUGUUUGGCUUUAGGUCUUUCUCCUUCAAUAAAACAUGGGAGAAGGAUGAAGUUACCAAGACACGAGAUCAGAACUUCCUGAGAACUGGACAGACAUAACAGAGACUGUUGUAGAUGGCAUGACGUUUAACCUCCGUCACCUAGGCAUGACCCUGGUGGAUCAGCCCAAAGGAGAGGACCUAUCAGCAGCUGCCGUCAAGAGGAUUGUUGCCACGGCCAAAGCGGGAGGCCAGAAGCCUCAGAAGAUGUCUCUAAAGGUUUCUCCUCAGGGUUUAAUGCUGUACGACAGUCUAACCAACCAGCUACUAGACAACAUCUCCAUAUACAGGAUAUCCUACUGCACGGCGGACAAGCUGCACGACAAGGUGUUUGCCUACAUUUCCCAGAACACCCUCAAUGGAACACUGGAGUGCCACGCCUACCUCUGCCCCAAGAGGAAAGUGGCCCAGGCAGUGACUCUGACUGUAGCACAGGCCUUUAGAGUGGCCUUUGAGUUGUGGCAGGUUGCUAAGGAAGAGGAAGAGGAGAAGAUGAAGUCCAGCUCGGCUGGAGAAGCAAUCAACAGUUCCCAGUCAGAAAGAUCAAACAGCCUACCCAGUCUCAAAGGAGGAAAUGUUGCCACUGGUAACCUACUGGACCUGGAGGAACUGACUCGUGUUGCCGUGGUUCUGGAAACCAAUGGCAACGAGGAGUUCGAGGUGGACAACCACACUGCUCCCGAGAACAAUGGUAACAACAACACGGUCUGGGAAAUUGAGGAAGACUUGGAUGAGGCUUUUUCUAGACUGGCGGUAUCCCGUACUAACCCCCAGGUCUUGGACAUUGGGGUGACCCCCCAGGAUUGGCUGAUAGAACCUGACUGGGUCAAUGGGAACACACCCAACAAGAACAGGACCAAUAAGAACACAUCAAACAAUAAUACCACCAAUGGGAACGACUUCUUUGGCUUCUGAUCGACCACCAGAGGGCGACCAAGAGGCACAGCCUUUUGAGUCUUUGGCCCAAUCCCAAAUUAACCGCUAGGCCCUAUGCUGGAACUAUACUAUAUUGUGUGCACCUGUCAAGUCCUCUCAGAUCUCCACCAGGACACAUGGUCUAGGGGUCGAUUUGGGAUUGGGCCAUAGAAGAGUUGACUUUGGUUCCAUUCCAAACCGAUCCCUUGUCUCUGUCCUUAUUCCCUAGUUUACUCCCUCCCCCUUAUAGAUCUGAAAGGACUGGAUAGGUUGACUCCUCCCCCUUAUAGAUCUGAAAGGACUGGAUAUGUUGACUCCUCCCCCUUAUAGAUCUGAAAGGACUGGAUAGGUUGACUCCUCCCCCUUAUAGAUCUGAAAGGACUGGAUAGGUUGACUCCUCCCCCUUAUAGAUCUGAAAGGACUGGAUAGGUUGACUCCUCCCCCUUAUAGAUCUGAAAGGACUGGAUAGGUUGACUCCUCCCCCUUAUAGAUCUGAAAGGACUGGAUAGGUUUAGAGCUUUGGUUGAGAUUCUAUCAUAUUGUAGAUAUACAUGGGGUCGCCAGGAAGAGUCUAUGGGUAGGCGCUAGGGAUUAUGGGUAGGCGCUAGGGAUUAUGGGUAGGCGCUAGGGAUUAUGGGUAGACGCUAGGGAUUAUGGGUAGACGCUAGGGAUUAUGGGUAGACGCUAGGGAUUAUGGGUAGGCGCUAGGGAUUAUGGGUAGGCGCUAGGGAUUAUGGGUAGGCGCUAGGGAUUAUGGGUAGACGCUAGGGAUUAUGGGUAGGCGCUAGGGAUUAUGAGUAGGCGCUAGGGAUUAUGGGUAGGCGCUAGGGAUUAUGGGUAGACGCUAGGGAUUAUGGGUAGACGCUAGGGAUUAUGGGUAGACGCUAGGGAUUAUGGGUAGACGCUUGGGAUUAUGGGUAGACGCUUGGGAUUAUGGGUAGACGCUAGGGAUUAUGGGUAGACGCUAGGGAUUAUGGGUAGACGCUAGGGAUUUGACUUGGUACCUUAUAUCUUUUUUUAGACUGGGUGCUUCAAGCCCUGAAUGCUGAUUGGCUGAAAGCCGUGGUAUAUCAGACUGUAUACCAUGGGUAUGACAAAACAUGUAUUUUUACUGCUCUAAUUACCUUGGUAACCAGUUUUAUAAAAGCAAUAAGGCACCUCAGGUGUUUGUGAUAUAUGGUCAAUAUACCACGGCUAAGGGCUGUAUACGGGCUCUCCAAAUUGCGUUGCGUACAUAAGAACAGCCCUUAGCUGUGGUAUAUUGGCCAUAUACCACCCCCCGUACAUAAGAACAGCCCUUAGCCGUGGUAUAUUGCUAAAAUAUACCGCUCUGUGUGUCAGCCUACAUUGUUUGGUUUACUUUGUUCUUUCAUUUACUGCAGUAGUUGAUAGUAGUACUAUUUGGACUCUAAUCAGUAUUAUUUUUUCUAUGUGUGUGUAUUUUGUGUUGGUUAUAAUCAUGCAUCAUGAGAUGUGUGAUUGUCAGAUGUAUAUUUAAGCCAUAAGGCCAGAGGAGGUGUGGUAUAUGCCCAAUAUGACACGUCUAAGGGCAGUUCUUAGGCACGAUGUGACGCGGAGUGCCUGGACACAGCCCUUAGCCGUGGUAUAUUGGCCAAUAUUCCACAAAACCCCCGAGGUGCCUUAUUGCUAUUAUAAACUGGUUACCAACGUAAUUAGAGCAGUAAAAAUAAAGUUUUGUCAUACCCGUGGUAUACAGUCUGAUAUACCACGGCUGUCAGCCAAUCAGCAUUCAGAGCUCGAGCCACCCAGUUUUGAGAUUUGGAGUUAAACCAGUCUUCAUUUGUCACAGUAAAUAUGUAUUAUAUAUAAGAUAUAUAUAUAUAGUAUUGAACAUAAAUAUUCUCAGUACCAUAAAGACCAAGCAAGACAAUACAUUUAGGUACUCCUUACUUUCUGUGGUUAUAUUGGGCAUGCAUUCUUUUACAUACUAGAGUCUGGUUCCGUUGCCAUGAAACAGGAGAAAGCACUUUUGAAAAAGAGGUACUUCCUGAAUUACUUUCCAACUUGUUUGAAACUAUUUCUUCUGUUUUGUUUCUGCCUACGUAACGUGACCCAGUAAAGUGAUGUACUGUGGUAAAUUCCUUUCCGACCAGUUUCACCUUGUUCUGUUGGCUAUCUCUCUACCCUUAUGUCCAAUGGACCAAUGCCCCAUGUAACACUGUGUACCAGCUGAACUUUAAAUAACAUUUUUUGUUUUUGUUAUGUUUAUGAAAUUAAACAGUUGUUUGGUCUUCUUCUAGUA